UGCAAGGACCCAAUGGUUGUGAAUGCGGAUGAUUUCUUCAAGGCAGCCAACCUUGACAAGCCUAGGGACACCAAGAUGAGCAAGGUGGGGUCCAACGUCACUUUGAUCAACGUCAUGCAGAUCCCAGGCCUCAACACAUUAGGCAUCUCAUUGGCACGCAUCGACUAUGCUCCCUUAGGAGAGAACCCACCACACACACACCCACGUGCCACUGAGAUCCUCACAGUGCUUGAGGGGACCCUCUAUGUCGGAUUUGUCACCUCCAACCCAAACAAGCUCUUCUCCAAGGUUCUCAACAAGGGUGAUGUGUUUGUAUUCCCUGAGGGGCUCAUCCACUUCCAAUUCAACCCUGUCUAUGACAAGCCAGCUGUCGCCAUUGCUGCACUCAGCAGCCAAAACCCUGGGGCUAUUACUAUUGCCAAUGCAGUUUUUGGAUCAAAGCCACCGAUUGCAGAUGAUGUAUUGGCCAAGGCAUUUCAGGUGGAAAAGGGUACAAUUGAUUGGCUCCAGGCUCAAUUCUGGGAGAACAACCACAACUGAAGGACUUAACUCGUUGGUUGUAUGAGAAGAUGUCCAUUUAUAAUCUGCAGAGGAUGUGUUUUAAUUUCUAUGUUACAAGCAAAAAAAAUAAGUGGCAUGUAUGUACUUCUAUAACAAUUUUAUUGUGGACAACCAUCAAAUCCCUGACAAAAUAGAUUUCUGGUCUAUUAAUGUUUUAUGAUGUACCUUGGUGUGUUUUUCUUUCCAUUAAUAAAAAGAUAUGGUGCGUAAAGUUCCCGUAUAAA